AUGGCGUCCCGGAGGCUGCCGUCCAGCUUAGCCGCUCGUCUGCGAACUUGCAACCUUUUCAGGCAGGGUCAACGAUGCUCCAACUGCGACUGCAAAUUUGGCGAGAUUUGUCCUCUGAAGGACAUCGAAGAUAUCGUGUCUCCAGCAUGCAAGGGAGACGGCAAGAGGAGCUACACUUCAGCAGGGUUGCGCCCUCUACAGAGCAAAGUUGUCAGGGCCAAGAGAGUGAGCGAGGGGGAGCAAGGAGGGCAGAAGUUGUCGACCUCUGCGUGUUUGUCGUUGAUGAACGAGAGCUGUGCGGAGAACAGCUACGUCCCUGCGAUAGCCGUGGAGAUCGAAGACCAUGGGAUGGAUGUCGAGUCGGUGCCAGGCACGACAGGUCCCGCGGCAGUUGGAGCGGAGGACAGGGUGGUUGAGGGGGUCGCCAAUGGGGCGGCAGCGGUUCCUCUGAGCAGCAAGAGAGGAGAAAUGAUGUUCUGUGAUGCUCUUGCUGCCGGAACGCUCGAGUCCUACUUCAAGCUGGUAGAGCAGAUGAGUUUGCAGGAAGGGAACGAGAACGCUACCUCGAGCUUGUCAGUUGUGCUGAACGCUCUUGCACACGACUGUCAGCAAGUGUGGAAGGACCCAUGGAGAUGGAACACUGUCGAUACAUUGAAGAAUUUUUUGUAUGAGAAGAUCGAAGGAAAUGCAAGUGAUUUGUCUCUUACUCAGCUUUCAGCUCUAGCGCGAUCCUGUGGGGCUAGAGCCCAUGUGUUCCCUGCCGUCUCCUCCGCCGCCUCCAUGUCUCAGUGGAGCCGAGUUCCUAUCUACAACUCUGCUCUCUCGGCCUUCGAUCACUUCCGGGCCCGGCUCAAGCCCCAGGCCAAUGUGGGCGACUCGAAGUCGAAAUCUUUCAUCAUAGUCAACUUCCGCUCCGACCAGUCUCCUCUUCUCGUGAGAUGCGGUAUGGAAUCAUUGGGGGCUUCAGCGAGAGUGAAGAUGCCGUCCUCAUCCUCGACAGCUUCGUCUCCGUACUGGCUCCGCCUCGAUCGUCUGUGGCAAGGAAUGUCCUCCUCCUCCCAAGGAGCUUGCGGCGGCUACAUGAUGGUCUCGACCUGGGUGCACGAGGAGGCGGAGGAUAAGAACGCUCCCCUGUGCCCGAUGUUUCUGAGGAGCUGCGGAUCUGGGACUCGCUGCGCGGCAUCGGGCGAGAGGAAGAGGUUGGGGCGUGAACGAACACAGGAGCUGGUGCUGGUGCUGGUGCUGGUGCUGGUGCUGGUGCUGGAGCUGGAGCUGGAGCUGGAGCUGGAGCUGGUGGAGAGGCAGGGGAGACUGUUCGAGCUGACGGAGGUUUCAAGUGAAGAACAAGACAGAUAUUCAGUCGGAGAUGAGAACCUUGGAGAAGAGAUGAGGGGGUCUGGAGCGAGUGAAGGAGGAGAGCGUGUUUGUAGAAACCUGCUGAAGGAGUCAGCUCUGCAAGGGCAGGAAGCCCUGAGCUAA